AUGGUGAGGCCACUGGCUUUCCUGGCUCUGGCCCAGGGCCCGGGCCGUGCCCAGUUUGACGAGCUGCUGCUUCUCCUCCAGCCACUCUCUGUGCUCAGCUUCCACCUGGACCUGCUCUUCCAAUGCCACCACUUCCUGGAACAGCCAACCAAUCACCUCUUGGACAGUCAUUUGGCUAGUCAGCCCUCGGCCACCCAGCCCUCGGCCACUCAGCCCUCACUCAAUCAGUUUCCAGCUUGGGGGGAUGGCACCAAUCAGCGAGGAGAGCAGCAGGCAGCCAAUGAGAAAUGUGAGAUUAAGUGGGCAGGGAGUGGGGCAGAGAGCGCGGGGUCAGUGGGGGCCACACUACAGAAAGGGUUGGAGCAGGCAGUGGGGUGGGGGGAGAAGCUCACACACACACUAUUGGAGCUGAAGAAAGAUCCUCAGGCUCAGCCUGUGAGCUCUGUCACUGUGCCCCCAGCACAAGGCCCCCCCCAGGCUGUCACUGUGCCCCCAGCACAAGGCCCCCCCCAGGCUGUCACUGUGCCCCCAGCACUGAGCUGGGAUCAGCGGGCAGCUCCAGGCUGGUGGCGGAUGCUCGGUUUGAGCUCCCGUGUGUACCUGGCUCCCACCCCCAUCCCCUCCGAGAGGUGUAGAAUAGAGAGCAACGUCACAGUGCUAGGUGGGUCUCCCCUGCCAGCCCCACAGAGAGGCUGCCAGUCUCCAGCGACUGCCCAGCCAAACGCCAGCAUUGUUAGCAGCCAUCACCAGAUAAGGUCCGGAUCCUCGCCCGGCCAGCAGUUACUGCAGAGGGAGAGCGUGGCUCAGGAGGGGCUGCCAGAGGGCGAGAGGCUGUGGCUGGGAAGACUGUUCGGUGCUAAGGCUAAAACUUCCUACAAUAAUCAAGCAGCAGAACCUCAGAGAACACGGUUCCCCUCCCGAUGGCUACAGCUGAACCUCGGUCAAUGGGAAGAUCUGCUCAAAUCAGCCUCAAGCAGGACAGAGACAUGGGGGAGCUCCCCUCACCCCCCCACCCAUGAGCCUGGGGCCACGAGCCACACAGAGCCCCCACCACAGCAACAACAGGCCAGGCAGGGGCCUGAGCUCAGAAUGGUCAGGGUGCUGUGUGACCAUGUGGCCAGUGAAAGGGGGCAUCUGAGCUUCCGCAGAGGGGAGAUGCUUCACGUCGUGGCCUGCGUGGACGAGGACUGGAUUCGCUGUCGUCAUGGAGAUGCCACCGGCCUCGUUCCUAUUGGAUUCACCUCAUUGCUAAUACAGCCCAGGUGUGUGUUUACUGGAGUCCUGUAG